AGCUGUUGAGGCGAAUGCAAAAAGAGUAACUCGUCUGUCAUAUGAAAGCCCAGACGAGACAAACAGAAAUAGCCUUAUUUGCAGGAUCCCAAAAGGCGAACGAUAAGCUCAAAACAUGCAGGAUGAUUUACUGAUGGACAAAAGCAAAGCUCAGCCUCAUCAGCAGCAAGACCCGUCAAACAUAGAGCCGCCAUCCACCCCGACCCCCUCCGACCCGCCGAUUCCGGACGAGCCGAGCCACGGUCACUCCGAACGAAUCGCCAUGGAGUCUCCGGUCCUGCCUGCUGUGGGUUUCCAUCAGGAUACCGUCGGAUCCUCUCCAUCACCUUCGUUCGGCAACACUUGGUCCACGAACACCGUGGACGAGAGCUUUUUCCAAGGGAUUCCCUCGGUAAACGGGACGAUGAUGUUUCCAAACUUUCCCCAUCACGUCAACCCGGUGUUUGGGGGGAAUUUUUCCCCGCAGAUGCGAAGAUCUCCUGUCGGUGUGAAUCAGAGGAGCCCCUACAGUCACCAGACCCUCAUCAAUAAAGUGUCCGCAUCGUCCGCCUCUUCGUCCGCCUGGAAUAACCAUCAGAACGCCGUGUGGAGCUCCGCGGCGAACCCCUGGAGCGGCAGAGACCCACGGAGAGCUCUCGGACUGGGCGUCCCGUCUGCGCUCAACCCUAUCUCCCCAACGAAGAAACCUUUCCGCAGCAAUGUCAUCGGGCCACCGAAAUAUCAGAGACCCGCAGCCUUGCAGAAACCCUGGAUGAUAUCAGAGCCUCCAGAAUCCUUCAGAACCGACAACGGCAACAACAUAUUACCAUUUCAGGAAAGAAAUCGACCCUUUGACCCAUUUAACUUGCAAACCUUGGAGAAUUCUUUAAUGGACAUGAUCAGGACCGACCACGACAAAGGUCGCAUGGGUCUGAACUUUCAUCAUCCAGUCGCUGAACAUAUUUUACCACUCAACACCAGGAGCUAUGGUCGCAGAAGAGGUCGCUCUUCACUGUUUCCUUUUGAGGAUGGCUUCCUGGAUGACAGUCAUAGUGAUCAGUCCCUCACUCAUGGGCUGAGCUCCCCCACUCGCUGCCAGAAUGGAGAGAGGAUGGAACGCUACUCCAGGAAGGUGUUUGUCGGUGGACUGCCACCCGAUAUCGAUGAAGAUGAGAUCACAAAUAGUUUCCGUCGCUACGGACACCUGGUGGUGGACUGGCCACAUAAAGCAGAGAGCAAAUCCUAUUUUCCUCCUAAAGGUUAUGCUUUCCUGCUCUUUCAGGAGGAGAGUUCCGUUCAGGCCCUCAUUGACGCCUGUAUUGAAGAGGAUGGAAAACUCUACCUGUGUGUCUCCAGCCCCACUAUUAAAGAUAAACCAGUCCAGAUUCGCCCAUGGAACCUGAGUGACAGUGAUUUUGUGAUGGACGGUUCUCAGCCUCUUGACCCUCGCAAGACCAUAUUUGUGGGUGGUGUUCCACGACCUCUACGUGCAGUGGAGCUGGCUAUGAUUAUGGACAGACUCUAUGGAGGUGUGUGUUACGCUGGCAUUGACACUGACCCCGAACUCAAAUACCCCAAAGGGGCGGGGCGAGUGGCCUUCUCCAAUCAGCAGAGCUACAUUGCUGCAAUCAGCGCCAGAUUUGUCCAGCUGCAGCAUAAUGACAUUGACAAACGGGUGGAGGUGAAGCCGUACGUGCUGGAUGAUCAGAUGUGUGAUGAAUGUCAGGGCGCUCGCUGCGGAGGGAAGUUUGCUCCAUUUUUCUGUGCCAACGUCACCUGUCUGCAGUAUUACUGUGAGUACUGCUGGGCGAGCAUCCACUCGCGCGCCGGCCGCGAGUUCCACAAACCGCUGGUGAAGGAAGGCGGAGACCGACCUCGACACGUGUCCUUCCGCUGGAGCUGAUGUCAGUCCUGCUACAUCCUCAAACCAUCCUCUCCACCCACCAAACACCUUCAACAUCAUUAGCAGUAACUCAACAACUACAUACACAUGGAUUUUCAUUCUCAUUUUGUCUAUUUAGAAACAAAUAUCUUAAUAUAUGUGUUCAGUUAAUACUCUGCUUACAGAGAAUAUUAAGAAAAUAUACAUUUUGAGUCUGCGUGCUCAAAAGAUGCACUUUGGCACAUACAUGACCCACAGUCAGUGUUAACGCUUAUAAGGAUGUUGUGCUUUUAAUCUUCUUAUCCAUCGUUUGGUUGGUUAGUGCUGCAUAUAGGAAACAUUAGACAGCGUGAGACUAUAUAUGAAUAUACAUUUACAGAAGUUAUAUAUUUUUUCAUUUAGAUUUAUCUAUAUACAUAUAGAUGAAACAUUUUGGGGGUCAGACUUUUUAAGAAGCAUGCACUUAUUGUGACAAAAAACAACAAAAACAAAAAAAACAACAACAAUAGGAUAUUCCCCUUAAAACACAGACAAAAAAGUUACCAAAGGAAAAGUGAUUCAUUAAGAAAGUCGUGCGAUCCGGUGUAAAAAAAGAGAAAAAAGAAACAUGCCAAAAUUAGAGUAAAACACCAUUAUUUGUUCUCCGUUUUGAAAAAUAUGUAUAGUAAUACCUCAUGCAUUCAUGUUUGCUUCAAUUUAUGGGCUUUCAUUUUUAUGACAGUUUUUUUUUUUUAGUGUUAUGUACAUGUAAUGCUGCAAUAGCUUUUGCUGCUAAAUCCAUGGUAUGAAUCCAUACCGUCACACUUUAUUCAGGUUGGGGUGUAAAGACGAACAGAUCAUUUUGCAAGGUUGAGUGCUCACCGGGGCAAGAGGCAGGUCUGCGUUUGCCUCUAAACUGCAUAUUUGAAUCCGCAAUGCAUGCAGUGGAAUGUCCGAAACUCAAAUUGGGCCACACUUUCAUUUCCCCAACAAUACAGACACAUGACAGAAACACUGAAAACAAAACAAAAAACACACAAGGUUCUCUAAUCAUGUAGUGAACCGAAACAGAUGACAAAGCUGCAAUAAUGUGUUUUGAAAUCAAAAUUAGAUGUAGGAUGUCCUUUUAACGAUCUGUCUUGAAGUAUUUUUUUGCAGUGAUUGUUCAUAGAAUUGUGCAAUUUUUUUAUACAGUAUGUAGUUAGGUUAAUAUGACGCCUAGAACUGUGACUCGCUUUAACUGUUAUUGAUGUCUGACUUGGAAAUCCUGUGACUUCACAACUAUUGUAUGUGUACAUAUAUGUACACAUAAAUGCAUACAGUCCCGUCUCUGAUAGUUCUCUCUGCAGAGAUUGCACACACACACAUAUACAAUAUAUAUGUGCGUAUAUACAGUAUGUAGAUAAACACACACACACAUUUUCAGAAAUAGUUUUGCAUUCGCUCGUGAUUUUGGGUUUCCUUGCAAUACCUUUUUCCAUCCCAGAUGUUAAUUAACCAUGGUUUUCUACAGUAACCAUAUAUUUUAACCAUGAUAUUUGUAAUAAAGCCGUAUCAAGAAUACCAAAACGUAUAAUUAGAUUAAAUUGAAAAAAAAAAAAAACGUGUUUGUUUUACUAUAGUAACACCAUGGCUCAUUUGUGUUACAUGUACCAUGUUUUUUAAAAGCACAGAUCUUACUACAAAUGGUUGCUGCAGGUUUACUACAGUGAAAGCAUGGUUACAUUUUGAAAGGGCGUGUUUUUUAUUGUUUUUUUGGUGGAAAAUAUGGUUUAAAAAAAAUACUUGUUCCACUUAUUAACCAUGGUUUAUUAUAGUUAAACUGUAGUAACCUUUCUAUGGUUUUUUUUCUGAAUUAUUUUGGUUUUCUAAAAGGUAUAGUAGUUCAAAUAUGGCUACUGUAGUAAAACCAUGGUAUAUGUUGUGUUUUAUUACAAAUACUAGAGUUCUGCUGUGAUUAUUGUAGUAAAGUCUUGCAUAAUUCUGGUAAGAGAUGGUUAAAGAUAUUGCGAUUGAACCUAAAAUAAAUGCUAGGGAAUGCAAAACUGUUUCAUCUAUUAAAAUAAAAUGUAUAAUCAUAUAAAUAAUAUAAUCUACAUACUUGGCCCACAACACAAACAGUCAGAACCAAAGAGCGCUUCUUUUCCGACUCUAAAUGACCAACAACACACAUAACACGCCUACAAUUCACAAUACGGUGUCCAACUAGUGUGGCAAACUGACUCUGGGAGAAAUAAGCGAACAACUGGCUCUAAAUCAAUAACUUUCGUGUGGAUCGUGUUAUGAGCUGAUAGGCCUGCACAACUAUGAACUACGGUGGCCGUAACGCUACCAGAAUAACCGUGCGUAACCGCUGCAUUUAUAUCCAGAUUAUCCUGCAAAGCUUGAAGUAGAAUAAUGACCUGCUAAUGUUGAUUGUGGACAUUUUUUAAAACAAAAUUCAGAAAGGUAGACUUGGAGGUUGUAUGGGGGAGAGGAACGCAUCGCGUACAAACGCGUCAUGGCUGCUUGUUUGGAGUGUGGAUGGGUAUUAUGGGAUGGCAUGUGAAGGCUUUAGCCGUUGGAUUUUUAACGGGAAAUCCCCGUUUCGUUUGUGUGACGAGCGUCGCGUUGCCGUGAAUACCGAGAGUCAAAAACUGUCAGCUUUUCGGUUCAGUUCGUUGUCCCGCAAAAAGAAAACGGACGUAAACAAACUACUUUUGUAUUGGAGUAAAUUAAAAUGAAAAGAGGAUAGAUGGUAGUCGCGAAUGCUGAUGACAUUGAAUUCUGGGUGUCUUUGUGAUAUUUUUUCCCUGCCCAGAUUUUUCUAUGUUUGUUCCUUCUCAAUGAUAUUUGUUAUGCACUACUCUUUGUAUCUGGAUGAUUGAACAGUUAGCGUUUUGUUUGUUUGUUUCUUUUUUUUUUUCUCUCUAUUUUUUUAUUUUUAUUUUUAUUUUUUUAUAGAAACAUAUGUGUGCUUUCUGACUGACGUAAUCUUUUGCAAUACCUCAAUUUUGAAAUAUAAUAGGAGAGAUUAAUAUUUUUUAAGUAAGUUUAAAUUCAAAUAAAGAAUAUAUAUAUAGGCCUAUAUUAAUUUAAUUCUGCUCGAAAAAAAAUGAUUUAACAGAUGGUUAUUUUUAUUUUUGUCAUUCUUAUUAUCUUUUUAUUUUUGAAAAAAAAAAAGAAAGAAAAGAAAAAAAAAACAA